AUGUCUCACUACCAGAGCCGACGAGAGCGCCUUGAGAUUGAUGUCAUGAAUCGGAUCUUACGAGAGCCGGACUACCAACCCUUCCUGAGGGAGGAGGUAAACGCCGCCAACAAGUUCAGAGCCACGCGGGCCUACCAGACACACAGAGAAGCAUACGACAAGAAGAACAGCACACCCGCUGCCUCUACGUCCAAGCCUGAUGAGACUACGCCAGCUCAGCAUGAAGUUGGUGACGGAAAGAAUCCCCUAGCAUCCCAGACACCGCCCGCCUCUACGCCGAAGCCUAGUGAGACUACGCCAGCUCAGCACGAAGCUGGUGACGGAAAGAAGCCUCUAGCACCUAAGACACCGCCCUCCUCUACGCCGAAGCCUAGUAAGACUCCGAGAACUGAGCAUAAAGCCGGCGACGAACAGGAACCUCUAGCAGAAUUCGUUACAAGGAAGUCGCCGAUCACCACCACCGCGACCUUCACCACCGCAGCGCCCAUACCAACCGCAGCUCCUAUCUCAGCCGCUGCCAACAUCGCUACACUAGUGCCCACUGCCACCGUCGUACCCGCCUCUGCAGCGUCGCCCAUCACUGCACUGGCGCCUAUCACCGAACCUACUAUAACACCUAGCGUACAGGGCCAGACCGAGUGCUCUCCUCCUCCGAACAUCGAUAACGACGAAGAAUACAGCACCGCCAUCCCAGCGACCAUCACCGCACCUACUAUAACACCUGGCGUACAGAUCCAGCAUAACUGCUCUCCUCCUCCGAACAGCGAUAACCACGAAGGAUAUAGCACCGCCAUCCCGUUCAGUCAGAGCAGCGCGCAGCCCCCAGAGCCAGAGUCUCGGUAA